AUGCCUACUGAGCCUACUGCCACUACUGCUGCUACACCAGAUCCUUUUCUCGCUUCUCUUCAAGCUACCGCCCUAAAAGAGUUACAAAAAUUUACUGGUGAUCCAUCACAAAAAGUUGUUCAUUUUAUCAAUUCUAUUGAACAAUUACGCACAUUCACUCCAUUAACUGAUGCUAUGUUACAUGCAGUUGCUACACUUAAAUUAGGUGGUUCAGCAUUUAGUUGGUACGAAAACAAUAGAGACUCCUUAAAUUCCUGGAGUUCCUUAAAAGCUCACCUUUUGGAACGUUUUAAACCAUCACUAUCAACUGCUAAAACACGGUUAAAAGAACGACGUCAACAACCUGGUGAUUCCUUACUGGUUUAUUACGAUGAUAUUAUUGAUCCCUGUCAACAAGUUGAUCAUAGUAUGCCACACCAUAUGAUUAUCGAUUAUUUACAAGAUGGUCUUCGUGAUGAACUUAAAAUUCAUGUUAAACGUCGUAUGAGAACAUUUACUGAACCACCAUCACCAGCUCAAUUCUUAAAAAUUGCACGUGAUGAAGAAGAAUUACAACAGGAAGUCUUAUAUUCUCAGACAUCCGUUAUUAACACCACUCAAGCAUACUUUGCUCCCGUUUCUGCAGUCACUAGUGUUCCUCCACUUCUAUCACCUCCUUUCAUGAACACAUUAUCAUACGACCAUUCAUCAUCUCGUUCUCCUCAAUCGCAAAAUCAAUAUCGGCCUUGUUUAAUCUGCAAACAAUCUAAUCAUCGCACUAUCAAUCGUCGUGAAAAAAAUCCUCUGGUUGUUAUAAAUGGCGGAGUUCCCAGUUAUUCAAUGCCAUCAUCAAUUAUUCCACAACAUCCUAUUCUUAUUCGUGCUUUCGUUAAUAACGUUUGUCAUCCCGUCGUUUUAGAUACAGGUUCUAACAUUACUAUUAUUCAUCGCAAAUUUUUACAACAAAUUCAACAUACUGGCUUUCGCUCUAUCUCUUCCAUUUCUUCUUCUGCUAAUUGUACAUCACUUGAUGUUAUCGGUGAAGCUGAUCUUACCAUAAAACUCAAUAAUAUUCUUACCACCAUCACUGCUGCUGUUACUACAUCUCUUGUUACUGAUGUCUUACUUGGUGCAGAUUGGAUUAAUCUGUAUGUCCGAUCGAUUGACAUUCACCAUCAACUGCUGAUUGCCCAUGACACACAUGGUCAAUGUACAACUAUUCCACUUGUUCACACACCCAACUCGUCAUCUACUUCAGUCGUUACUUUCAUUAAUUCCGUUACCAUACCACAAUAUUCGACGUGCAUCGUACUCGUUCGAACGCCUUCCAUCACUAAUACAACCGUUAUUUUCGAACCUGUUCCACAAAUUCAUACUAAACCACUCUUUAUUCCUGAUUCGAUAAUUCAAAUAACUGAUCAUCAAUCUCUUAUACCCAUUGCUAAUCAGACGGAUCAUCCAUAUACAAUACCACAAAAUACCUGUAUUGGAACUGCAUCAUCUUCACCUUUCAUCUGUGCGAUGUCGUCUUCUAUUCCACCUCACUACCACUCAUCAUCAUCAUCGAAUACAUCACAUUCUGACUCGUUAUCAACGUUUACUUGUUACGUCUGCAAAGCUGUUUUUCUCACUAGCAAUGAUUUACAUCGUCAUCUUCGUGAUCAAUGUUAUCCAGUUGAACUCCGCCAUCAAAUCAAUACUCUUACUUCAUCCAUUACUGACUCUACUAAUCGUACAAAAAUUCAAAAUCUUCUUUGGCAAUAUGGUAAACUAUUUGAUAUUCGUCAACCGUCGAAAAUUAACUUUACACUUGAACAUGCUAUUGAUACGGGUCAACAUCGCCCUGUUUAUACUCCACCUUAUCGUCGUUCACCAAAAGAUCAUGACUUACUUACCGAACAAACUCGAAAACUCUCUAAUCAAGCAAUCAUCGAACCUUCAACGUCACCAUGGUGCUCGCCUGUUGUCUUAGUUAAGAAGAAAGAUGGGAGUACACGUUUUUGUGUUGAUUAUCGUAAAUUAAAUGACAUUACUGUGAAAGAUUCAUUUCCAUUACCUCGCAUUGAUGAUAUUUUCGACCAACUAUCUCAAUCUAUUUACUUUACCAAACUCGAUUUUAAAAACGGCUAUUUUCAAAUUCCACUUGCACCAUCUGAUCGUCCAAAAACUGCAUUUUCCACACGUGAUGCUCAUUAUCAGUUUACAGUUCUUCCACAAGGUGUAAAAAAUGGUCCUCCUACCUUUCAACGCAUCGUCAAUCAAAUUUUAGGUUCUGCUCGUUGGAAAUUUUGCCUCGCCUACAUCGAUGACAUUUUAAUUUUCUCACGCACAUUAGACGAUCACAUUAUACAUCUGAAUGAAGUUUUUCACUUACUUCAUUCUUUCAAUUUUCGUUUAAGUGUUGAUAAAUGCACUAUUGCUUCUGAUCACAUCGAUUUUCUUGGUCAUCAUAUUCAUCGUGGUCAAAUACGUCCAAAUCUCACCAAUGUUCGUGAUCUACUCGAAUCUCCAGUACUAUCAACAACACAAGAGAUAUUUCGAUUUGUCAAAGCGGCUGAAUACUAUCGAAAAUUCAUUCCAAAUUUUUCUCGUAUCGCUGCACCCUUAUACAAAUAUACACCAUCAUCACGCACUCCACACACUGUUCAACCUUCAACAUCAUGGAAUAUAUCUACAUCUGAAAAAGCUGCAUAUGAUCAACUCAAACAUAUACUUUCUACUGAUUUAGUUUUACAACUUCCUGAUUAUGAUUUACCAUUUAAAAUUCAAACGGACGCUUCUAAAAUCGGUAUCGGUGCAGUUCUACUUCAAACAUAUCCUGAAGGUGAUCGUCCAGUAUGCUAUAUGUCGAAAAAAUUAUCACCAAGUCAACAACGCUGGCCCGCUAUUGAACAAGAAUGUUAUGCCAUCGUGGUUGCUAUUGAACAAUGGCGUCAUUAUCUUCAUGGUCGUCAUUUUAUCAUUGAAUCGGAUCACAAGCCAUUAGAAUCAUUUACUGUCAAACCUCAAUUAAAUGAUAAAUGUGAACGUUGGCGUCUAAAAUUGCAAGCAUAUGAUUUUACCGUUCGUCAUAUUCCAGGCAAAUCAAAUACCAUGGCUGACUUUCUCUCUCGAUCACCUGUAGAUGUUAUUUUACACGAUCUCGACACCGAUAUACCACCAACUUUUAUCUCCACCGCCACUCAAACCACUAGUAAUACAUCUCCGGCUGCAUCUACACCAUCAAGUAUCAACAUGGUUACUACUCGAUCUCGCUCAAAAGAAUUACUUGCACUGAACCAUGAUCAACCUCUCAUCUCUACCACCAACUCUUCUAUUAUCACGCCUCUUUCAACAUCCGAUCCUCUUCGAAUCACUUUCACGGGUGACAUUUCUGUUUUGAAACACGCUCAAGAAUCUGAUCCAACUGCCCAACAUAUUAUUAAAAAUCUUCAUACUCUACCUUAUAUUAAAUCGUAUUCACUAUCAGAUGGUCUUCUCAUGCAUCACGAUUCUCAUCAUAAACCAGUACCUUAUGUUCCACCCGGUCCAAUUCGCACUGAUAUCUUGAAAAUAUACCAUGAUACACCAGCUAAUGGUGCACAUUUCGGUCGUGAUAAAACUAUCGCAAUAAUCAAAACUCGUUACUAUUGGGAAAAUAUGCGGUCUGACAUUAUUACUCAUAUUAAAUCUUGUCUUCGUUGUACACAAAAUAAUCCUAUUCGACGUAAACCACCUGGUCAUCUCCAACCAAUCGAACCUCCAGCCGGUGUUUGGCACUUGUUAGCUAUGGAUUUUCAUGGACCUAUUUCUCCUACCAGUCAGCGUGGCAACAAAUAUAUCAUCUCAUUAACCGAUAUUCUAUCCAAAUUUGUUAUUGUAAAAGCUGUUCGUGAUUGUACUGCUGAUACCGCUGCUCGUUUUCUUCAAGAAGAUGUUAUUUGCAAAUAUGGUACACCUAAAUGUAUUUUAACUAAUAAUGGAACUCAUUUUACUUCGAACAUGAUGGCUCAACUUUUUCAACGUCUCGGUAUUGUUCACGUAUAUUCUACACCAUACCACCCACAAACAAAUGGUCAAAUCGAACGAUUCAACAGUACAAUGGAUUCAAAGAUCGCAUCAUUAUCCAAUUCAUCUCACUCUAAUUGGGACGACCAACUACCAUAUGUAAUUUUCAAUUAUAACACCAAUAUUCACUCCACAGCCAACAUCAUUCCAUUUGAAUUAAUGUAUGGCCGUUCUCCAGUACUUCCAUGUGACCCACAAGAUCCUAUGGUUUCAAUACAGAUCGAUCCUCAUCAUCGUCAAAAAUUACAACAAUACAUAUCAUCUCUUACUAACAUGGCUCAAGACCAUCUUCGAUCAGCUCAAGCAGUAUACAAAGCUCGGUUCGACGCACAUCGAUCAAAUCCUUCAUACUCUAUCAAUGAUUUAGUACUUGUCAAAACAUUGAAACCUCGUCAUAAAUUUGAUGUUCGUCAUGAAGGUCCUUAUAGAAUUAUCCAACGUCUUAAUGAUAAAACUUAUGUAAUCCAGCACGUCCAUUUACACCACAUAACUCGUCAAGUUACUGUGGACUCUCUUAUUCCAUUAUCAUCACGAUGA